AUGGACAGUUCCUCAGAUAAAAUCCUCUUUAUGAAAUUAAAGAAAAAAAACGAGAUGUGGCGGGAGUGGCAUCCAGUAGCCCCCACUUCCCUCCCCUUGUACUUCCAAAGGUUAAAGUUACUAUCACGGCAGUUAAUGAUACACACAUUUGUUCAACGAAGAGAAAAUUAAAACAAAACAAAAACAAGUUAACGAAACCUAAAAUACCCUGAAUUUUCGGGAUCAAAAUUCUCGUCAACUUAGAUAAUUAAAAGAUAAUUUCUAGCCUGAGUUUUUGAACUUUUGUUUUAUUUAAUCUUUUAGCCCACAUCUUUGAUGGUAAAACAACAAAGUGCAACAAUGUAAACACAAACUUUUGGCAAAACAAUAACCCCAGUGUACGCUAUGCAACGGUGAUUCUCAGGAGAGAACUGAGUGCAGAAAAUGCCGGUAUUUUUACUGGCACAUCGUGUGGCACACCAACCUACAAGAUCAAGGAUAUUUACGUAUACUUUUAA